UACCUCCAGCCUGGCAGUUGGACAGCUACCGGUUGAAAAAAUUCUCAGCGGGCUGAGCAUCCACACACCCACUCAGGAGUUGGGGCCGGGCUCCUGGUCACCACUUGUAAGUCAACAUGGCAGAAAUGCUGGAGUUCAAUAACAUCUUUCAGGAGGUGAAAGGCUCCAUGAAGGAGGGUAUUUUAAGGUUGAACGACCAGGGUAUAAUCUUCAGCAACUGCAAGAUGGGCAAAGUGGAUAACAUUGAGGCCUGGAAGCUGACAGAAGGCAUCUGGCGACGGGUAGCUCAGGGCCAUGGACUUAAACUGCUCACAAGGAAUGGCCGUGUCUACAAGUAUAACGGCUUCCAAGAAUCAGAAUUUCAGAAACUCUCCAAUUUCUUCAAAACCCACUAUCACCUUGAGCUCACGAAGAAGGACCUGUGUAUGAAGGGCUGGAACUGGGGGAAAGUGAAGUUUGGUGGGCAGCUGCUCUCCUUUGACAUUGAUGACCAGCCUGCCUUCGAGAUACCCCUCAGCAAUGUGUCCCAGUGUACCACAAGCAAGAAUGAAGUGACCCUGGAGUUCCACCAAAAUGAUGAUACAGAGGUCUCCCUCGUGGAGAUGCGCUUCUAUGUCCCUCCCACCCAGGAAGAGGGUGUGGACCCGGUUGAGGCUUUUGCCCAGAAUGUGCUGUCAAAAGCAGAUGUAAUCCAGGCUACGGUAGAUGCCAUCUGCGUCUUCCACGAGCUGCAGUGCCUAACUCCUCGGGGUCGUUAUGACAUUCGCAUGUAUCUCACCUUCCUGCACUUGCACGGCAAGAGCUUUGACUACAAGAUCCCUUACUCCACAGUGCUGCACCUCUUCCUGCUACCCCACAAGGACCAGCGCCAGAUGUUCUUUGUGAUCAGCCUGGACCCCCCUAUCAAGCAGGGCCAGACUCAUUACCACUUCCUCAUCCUCCUCUUCUCCAAGGAUGAUGACAUCUCCUUGACUCUCAACCUGAAUGAGGAGUUAGAGAAGCGCUUUGAGGGACAGCUUACCAAGAACAUGUUAGGGUCACUAUACGAGGUGGUCAGCCAGAUCAUGAAAGCACUUGUAAACUGCAAGAUCACCGUCCCUGGCAACUUCCGAGGGUACUUGGGGGACCCGUGCAUCACCUGCUCCUACAAGGCUAGCUCAGGGUUGCUGUAUCCCCUUGAUCAGGGAUUCAUCUACAUCCACAAGCCACCCAUCCACAUCCGCUUCCCGGAGAUCACCUUUGUCAACUUUGCCCGUGGUAUCACCACCACUCGCUUUUUUGACUUGGAGAUUGAGACCGAGCAGGGCACAUGGUACACCUUCAGCAGCAUCCAGAAGGAGGAGUAUGGGAAGCUGUUGGAUUUCAUCAGUGCCAAAAAGAUCAAUGUCAAAAACCAAGGGUUGAAAGAAGGCAAGAACCUAAGCUACCACAGAUAUGCUGACUCUGAUGAAGACCGGCGGCACAAUGCUUACUUGGAGAAGAUGAAGGAGGAGGGCAAGAGCCGGGGAGAGAAUGCCAGUGGCAGCAGCGAUGACUCAGGAGAGGAAAUGGAUGAGUCAUUCAACCCCGGGGAAGAGGAAGAAGAUGUGGCAGAGGAGUUUGACAGCAAUGCUUCUUCCAGCCCCUCCAGUAAUGAGGGUGACAGUGACAGGGAAGAGAAGGAGCAGAAACAUCUCAAAAAGGCCAAGAUGGCCAAGGACCACAAGGACCACAAGAAGACUGUGAAGGUGAAGAAGGGCAAAGACCCCAGAGCCCCCAAGAAGCCCACAUCUGCCUACCUGCUGUGGCUGAACGCCAGCCAAGAGAAGAUCAAGUCAGACCACCCUGGCAUCAGCAUCAUGGAUCUUUCCAAGAAGGCAGGUGAGAUCUGGGAGGGGAUGCCCCAAAAGAUGCAAGAGGAGUGGGACCCCAAGGCUGCGGGUAUCAGGAAACAUGAAAACGCAAUGAAAGAGCAUGAAAGAAACCUAGGCAAGUCUUCUAAGAAGGACAAGUCAAAGAAGAAGAAAGUCAAAGCAAAGAUGGAUAAGAAAUCCAUUCCCUCUAGGGGCUCAUCAUCCAAGUCAUCAUCCGGGCAGCUAAGCAAGGGCUUCAAGAGCAAGGAGUUUAUGUUCAGGAGAGAACAAAAGUGGAAAGAAGAGGUGGCAGAGUGAGAACUCUGAAGAGGAGGAGCUGGCCAGCACCCCUUCCUUUGCAGAGGACUCAGCAUCAAGAUCUGAUGAGUAGAGGG